GCUUCAUGGCUCUACAAGUAUGUGUGUUGUAAAGACCCAGCCAGCUGAGCUCCUGUAUAAAUAGCCCAGCCUGCCUGCCCUGCAGCUGGGAGUCUGGAAGUCUGCAGCCUCUCCUCUGGACCUGCACACCGGAGGUGCCCAGGCAGCUGAAGCCAUGAGGAUCCACAGCCUCAUCCUGCUCUCCUUCCUCCUCCUGGCUGCUCAGGUACUCUCAGAAAAAAUCAGAAAUGGAACCAAGAACUCACAGCGUAGCACACCUGACGGGGAUCCAUCUGUCCCUCAGGGCAAGGCUCAGAAUAAGCAGAGAGGCAGGACAUCCAAGUCCAUGACUAACGGCAAGUUUGUCACCAAAGACCAAGCCACCUGCAGAUGGGCUGUGACAGAGCAGGAGCUGGGCAUCAGUCUGAAGGUCGAGUGCAUGCAGGCAGAUCGUGAGUUUUCUUGUGUUUACACUGGUGAUCCAGCUGGCUGCCUUCAGCACAGCAAAGACAACCUCUACUGGAAACAAAUUGCCCGGACACUGCGCAAACAGAAGAACAUAUGUGCAAACUCCAAGAGUGUCCUGAAGACCAGAGUGUGCAAAAAGAAGUUCCCAGAGUCUAAUCUCAAGCUGGCAAACCUCCGUGGGCCUGGGAACAAGGAGCCCAGGAAGGAAGAAGCAGAAAUCUCUCCCAGGGAGCACAGCAAGGUCCAGGAACCUUCUUCCCUGGAGCCAAACAAGGUCAAAGAAGGCAUCUCCCCCAGUCCAGCCACGACCAAGACCGUGCCCAUCAAAAACUCGGAGUGUGUAGAGGACCCGGAUGUGGUCCACCAGAGGAAGACAGCCCUGGAGUUCUGUGGGGAGUCCUGGAGCUCCUUAUGCACGUUCUUCCUCAACAUGUUACAGGCCACAUCAUGCUAAUGAGCUCAAAGAGAACAGCCCCCUAAGACCCAUGGUGUCACAUGCCCCACGUAAGCUGUAAAGCUCUCUGCAUUCCCCACAAGCCCUGAACUUUUAAGCUAUUGGACUAUAGUUAAGUAUUUAAACAGAUUUUAUAAUUUUUUUGUUUUUGCAUUUUGAAAUUUGCAUUAUUUUCACAUACUUGGAUGUCCUUUUCAGAGACUCUUUACCUCAGCAUAUGCUUCCAUGGACCACAAAGCUAGGUGCAUAUAAACAGUGGGUAAGCCGGUGUGAUCAUUUCCAGGCAAAGCAUUUUUCUGCUGUGUUAAUCAGGAUAAUAAAGCUCUGGGCAUUCUCAGA